UAAAAAUAUUAAAAAGCAAAAAAAGAAAUGGUCACGUCUUUUCUUUAGUAGAGAGUAUUGAGACAGUCAUGCCCAGUUUUGUUGUAUGGUUACCCUCCAUGUGUACCAGGCUUGAAAUUCUUCUGUUAUUUUUUGCUUAGAGUGGUGGUUGAUUUGUUGGAUUAUUUCUCGGUGUCUGUUCCACACUCGGGACAGUCUUCUCUGUGCUUAUGUGACAAAGAGGGCGUCUCUCCACACUUUUACCCCUCCUUUAGCAGUAAACUGCGGUUACUUGUUCCUGGACACUUGCUAGCCUAGUAGGGGAGGGAGGAGGUGGGACAUUCUUUGUUUUUCUGGCUCAGCGCCUCACCGUCUGGCAGGUGCUAUAUUCUUGGCUCUCAGAGAUGAGGCCUUCUCAGUGAUCUUGACUCUCUCCCAGCAUAGGCGAGAGAGUCUGAUCUGGCUCCUUCUUUAGGGGUAGAAGUUGUUUUAUGUUCUCUUCCUCCAGCUACAGUAGGCUUUAACUUGCGCUCUGAAAGGCGGGUCACGGAGUGGAGAGAGGGCCCCGGUGGAACCCAGUGCGCGACGUUUGGCACGCCAGUGGGGCCCCCAAUCCGGGAGCCUCUAGGUCCAUCGCUCGCGCGCAUGCGCAGACCCAUCCACCUGCCUCCGCGAGGAGAGUCGCGAGGGGGCGCCGUACCAGCCGGCUCAUGGCGUCCCCCACUGGCGGCUCCCCGGGCCUCCUACUCUGGCUCCUGCUCCUCCAGCCGCAGCUCGGUGGGGCGCGGGGCAGGUUGGCGCCAUCCCCACUCUCCCCUUCGCCCUUGGGAGGCGGCCACGAGGACCCCGAUGCCACCGUGUGGAGGGUUGCGGGACCGUCUACGCCCCCCGAGCCCCAAGAAUCUGCCCCAGUCUCCCAGUUGGUGGGAUUGAUCCCAGGGUGUGGCCAGGUAAAUGCGAAAAUCUUGGGAGGACAGGAGGCUGAAGACGGGAAGUGGCCCUGGCAGGUGAGCGUGAGGAUCAGAGGCAAGCAUGUGUGCGGAGGUUCCCUCAUCACACAGCAGUGGGUACUGACUGCAGGCCACUGUAUUUUAAGCCGUUUCCACUACAAUGUCAAGAUGGGAGAUCGGAGUGUCUAUAAAGAAAUCACAAGUGUGGUGGUCCCCGUCCGAGACAUCAUUGUCCACCCUCAGCUGUCAGUAGUUGGAACCAUUCAAAAGGACCUUGCCCUUCUCCAGCUCCUCUACCCUGUAAACUUCACCAUGACCAUCCAGCCUAUAUGCAUCCCUCAGAAGACUUUCCGGGUGGAAGCUGGGACCACGUGCUGGGUGACCGGUUGGGGCAGAAAAGAAGAAUAUGGUGGCGACCUUAUUACCUCUGUUCUCCAUGAGGUCGACCAAGGCAUCAUCCACCAUGAGAAAUGUAAUGAGAUGAUUCAGAAAGCCAUGAAAACAACUAGGGAUGUCGUACUGGAAGGAAUGCUCUGUGGCUAUAAAGGUGCAGGAAAAGGUUCAUGUCAGAGAAAGGUUGCUGAUCCCUGCUGUAUAGGAUGGAGAUAUGCCAAGAAACAACUUCCAGAAAUCUGCAGAACAAUCCCUUUCGGUCUUUGGCUGAAUACUAAUCUACACAUACACAGGUUAAAUUUCCAGAAGGCUGGGCAAAGAACAAGUGCCAGGGAGCUAGAAGAGGACCAACUCACAGAGUUCACACAGUGCUGGGAGGGUCAAGCUUCAUCCACCCGGAGAAAGGACCUCGCUGACUACUCAGGCAAUCAGGAGGUACCCACAAGGCUCACACCUUAGUAUUAAGGCUAGGGUAAUCCUAGGAUAAAAGCUACUCUAAGACUCAUCCUACAAAGUUUAAAAACCGGCUUCAAACGGACCAAGGUGGGCUGAAAGUAAUUUAGCUGCCUGCCAAAUUUCAACAUUCCUUAAAGAAGGAAAAUACAAUUCAAAUAGUCAGCAACAUAACAUUAAUAGCCUUCAGUGUUCAUUAAAAAUUACUAGACCCAUGCCUGGGAGGCAGAAGGAAAUAUUGGUGAAAUCAAAGGCACAACAGUAUAAACUAUUCAUGCUGAAGAACAGAUAAAAAAAGAUUGAAACCAGUUAUCAGCCCAUGAUGAGUUGACCUUUGGGAUAUCAAAUGGUCUUAUGUGAGGAAAUUGGAGUACAGAAGGUAGAGGAAAACUGGGAGCAGAAAUACCUGAAGAAAUGCUAUUCUUCAAGAAAAUUUGAAAAAAUAGUUGCCGAAAAAUUUUCCAAAUUGACUAAAAACUAGAAGUCACAGAUUCAGGAAGCACAGUGGCCCCCAAGCCAACGCAAAGAAAACCACACUGCCAAGCAUAAUAAUUGAAUUGCUAUUCAAAACCUAGGGAUAGAGUUUAAAAGCAGGGGCGGGGGGGGGGGGGGAAGACAUAUUACUUACAGAGGAACAGAGAUAAGAAUGAUUGGGGCACGUGGCUGGCCGAGUCAGUGGAGCAUGUGACUCUUGAUCUCAGGGUUGGGGGUUUGAGCCCCACACUGGGCGUAGAGAUUACUU